AUGGCGAGAAUGCCUGGCAGCCGAGACACGGAGCAGCAGGACGGGAGGGAGGGGGACGGCGGGGACGAGGAUGGGGAGGACGAGAUCCAGGAGGUGCAGAUCACCGGGGAGGAGGAGCAGGAGAUCCAGGACGAGAUCCAGGAGGUCCGGAUCCCCGGGGAGGAGGAGAUCCAGGAGGUGCAGAUCACCGGGGAGGAGGAGGGCGAGGAGGGCGAGCAGGACUCCGACGGGGAUGAGUGGGAGUCCGGGAGCGCAGCUCUGGAUCGCGGCGGUUCCGCCGCGGAGAUGUGCGUUCUGCGGAGUAUGGACCGGGAUGGGGGGGGUGGAGGAGUCCCCCGCUCGGAGAGGUCCAGGCUGAGCGAGAACACCCGCCUGGCCACCCGCUACGCGGUGCGCAUCUUCCGGGAGUACCUGUCGGAGCGGGCGCACAGCCCGCACUUCGAGCGGCUGGACAAGGACGCGCUGUGCGCGCUGCUGCGCUCCUUCUACGCAGAGGCGCGCUCCAAGAGCGGCCAGGCGUACAGCAAGUCGUCCCUGAUCAGCAUCCGCAGCUCGCUCAACCGCUACCUGAACGAGCCGCCCUACAGCCGGACCGUGGACCUGAGCCGGGACCCGGAGCUGCGCAGCGCCAACGCGGAGCUGGCGGCCGUGCUGCGGCGGCUGGAGCUGCAGGGCGCGGGCCCGGUGGUGCAGAAGCAGGCGGUGACGCGCUCCGACCUGCGCCUGCUCUACUACGGAUCCUCCGUGUUCGACACCCACACCCCGUUCGGGCUGCUCAACAAGGUCUGGUUCGAGACGUGCAUGUACUUCUGCACCCGGGGGAGGGAGAACCAGCGGGAGCUGCGGGAGGACUCGUUCGGCCUGGCGGAGGAUGAAGCCGGGAGGAGGUUCGUGUUCUGCCGGGCCGGCCCUGGGUCCGGGUCCGGGUCCCGGGGCCGGGUCAAGGACGCCCUGCUCCCGCGCAUGUACGAGAGCGGCACGGAGCGCUGCCCCUACUCCAGCUUCGUGCGCUACGUGUCCAAGCGGAACCCGCUGUGCCGCGCGUUCUUCCAGCGGCCGCGGGAGCACGGCUGCUCCCUGCGGGACCCCACCUGGUUCGAGAACAAGGCGGUGGGCAAGAACCUGCUGGGCACCAGGAUGCAGAUGCUGUCCCGCGCCGCCAAGCUCUCCAAGACCUACACCAACCACUGCAUCGGCGCCGUCUCCAUAGCGACGCUCAACGGCAUCGUGGGCGCCGGCGCCGCGGCCGCCACGCUCCGCGUUGCCAUGGAGACGGAGGAUGGAGACGGAGGACGGUCCCGCCUCCAGCUCGGGAUCAUGCCGACCCCCCCCAGCUCGGCGGGGGAGGAGGGAGGGGGGGGUGGAGCUGGAGCCCCCGCUGCCAAGAGAAGGUGCCUGCGCUCGGGCACGCGCGCGCAGGCGCAGGCGCAGGCGGGGGGGCAGGACACGCGCACGGAGCCUGGCGCCCUGGAGACCCCAUCCCCACCUGCUGCCGGAAAACAGGACAGCCGAGACUGCAGCGUGUCCCAUCAGCAUCUCACCGCCAGUUCUCCUCUGGAGUCGGCAGGUGUCCCCACACCGGCCCAGCUCACCAAAGCCAACGCUCCGGUCCACAUCGAUGUAGGGGGACACAUGUACACCAGCAGCCUGGCGACUCUCACCAGGUACCCUGAGUCAAGAAUCAGCCGUCUGUUUGAUGGAACUGAGCCCAUCGUGUUAGACAGCCUGAAGCAGCACUACUUCAUCGAUCGGGACGGCCCUAUGUUCCGCUACAUACUUAACUUCCUCCGCACCUCCAAACUGCUCAUCCCUGACGACUUCAAAGAAUACUCCCAGCUGUGUGAAGAGGCCUCCUUCUUCCAGCUGGCUCCCCUGCAGGCGGCGCUGCAGCGCUGGAGGACUCAGCAGGAGGGCAAGGGGACGUGCGGAGAGUGUGAAUGUGUCCUGGUCCACGUGGCUCCGGAGCUCCAGGAGAGGAUAAGUAUAAGCCUGCACCGGGCGCUGAUAGAGGAGCUUUUUCCUGAGGUGAAAGACAUUAUCUCCAACUCCCUGAGCACCAGCUGGAACCAGGACUCCACGUACAUCACCCGCUUCCCACUGGACGGACACUGCCAGCUCAGCUCCGUUCAGGUGUUGGAGCGUCUGCAGCAGAGCGGCUUCUGCAUCACGGCCUCCAGCGGCGGCGGAGCAGACUCUUCUCAGUUCCAUGAAUACAUCCUGCAGAGGGACGUCAGGUGCAGCCGGCACGGCCCCCGCCUCGGCCCCCGCCUCCCCUCCAUCAAACAGGAAGCCCUGGACUGAACUGGGAGGCCGGUUGAACUUUGUCUGCCUGGGUGGGGGACCCGAUGAAUGUUGAGACGGUUGGAUGUCCCCCCUCCUCCGGUGGUCUAAGACGGUCUCUGAACCAGCGCCAGGCGCUGGUGCCAGCAGGAAGCAGAGUGCCUCCCAAUUUCUGCUUCUGUAAAACUAAGAUGACUUCUGGGCUGUGUUGGCUAUCGGAUAAAUUAUUUUAUCACUGAAACUCUCAUUGUACUAUUAAGAGAAUU